ACUAUUGUCGCACAAUCAGUGGAACUGCAGGGGCCAGCAUUAUCUCAGAGAAAAGCUUGGGAAGCAGCGCGAAGUUUCCAUUUCAUAGUCGCGUAGUUACGCCAGCGCGGCGGUCGUGAUAUCGGUAUGCAUUUCGCGGUCCUGUUUCUCGUUGCCAGCAGCGCUGUUCAGGGCGCGAUUGCGCACUACGGCAGUCAGGACUCCAACGAGACCCGGUCGUUUGAACGAGUCAUUCCAACGCAAGGUCAAGUAUGGCCCCAGCCAAAAGCCAUUAGGACCAGUCCUUCGGUCCUGAUCAUCGACCCCACCGACUUUGAGUUCAUUCUCAAGACUUCCGACGGCCAGUGUGACCUGGCGACGGAGGCCAUGCGCCGACACAGGCAGUCGCUCUUCUCAGGCUGUGUUUCUCAGAAGGGUCCUGGUGUCCCUUUGAGAACCACAAAAAUGAAUCCCUCACCAACCGUGGCCGCACUGCACGAGCUCGACGUCUUAUUGGUCGGACCCUGCGAGACCCUGCCCCACAUGGACAUGACUGAGAGUUAUGACUUGACCCUGAGCUUGGACUCACCAGCGGCCCUCCGGUCAAAAUCGGUCUGGGGAAUAAUGAGGGGUCUGGAGACGUUCAGCCAGCUCGUGUACCCUUUCAACGAAACACACUUUGCAGUGAACCAGACAGGGAUCAACGACGCGCCGAGAUUCUCGCACCGGGGACUCCUCAUCGACACUUCGAGGCACUUCCUCCCAAUAUCCUCAAUCAUCGACACCUUGGACGCGAUGGCGUACAACAAAAUGAACGUGCUGCAUUGGCACAUUGUGGACGACCCGUCGUUUCCAUUCGUCAGCGAGUUGUAUCCAGAUCUGAGCAAGAAGGGGGCGUACAACGCCGAGACCCACACGUACAGUCCGUCCGACGUGGCCCGUGUCCUCGAAGAGGCCAGGAAGCGAGGAAUCCGAGUGCUCGCAGAGUUCGACACGCCAGGCCACACACAGUCCUGGGGAAAGGGGUACCCCGAUCUGCUGACCCCCUGCUACAAGGGCACGUCUCCCAAUGGCAAGUACGGGCCCAUCAACCCCGCACUCGAGUCAACCUUCCGCUUCCUGGAGACAUUCUUCGAAGAAGUGGUCAACGUUUUUCCUGACCAAUACCUCCACCUCGGAGGCGACGAGGUCGGCUUUGACUGCUGGAUGUCAAAUCCAAACAUCACAGCCUUCAUGGAAAAGAUGGGUAUCGCUGGACACUAUAUUAAGCUUGAGGAGUACUAUAUCCAAAGGUUGCUUAAGAUUAUAGAGGCACUUCGGAAAAGCUACAUCGUGUGGCAAGAAGUUUUUGAUAACGGAGUUGCAGUUGCGGGAGACACGGUGAUCCACGUCUGGAAGCAGCCACUACAGCGGACCGAGCUGUCCAGGGUGACCGGCGCAGGACACCGCGCCCUGCUUUCCUCCUGCUGGUACCUCAGCGACAUUUCCGAAGGAAGCGACUGGAAGAAGUACUACGCCUGCGACCCGCAGGACUUUGACGGAUCUCCGGAACAGAAAGCUCUGGUGCUGGGCGGUGAAGCCUGCAUCUGGGGCGAAUGGGUGGACGCAACCAACCUGAUUAGCCGCACCUGGCCGCGGGCAAGUGCUGUAGCCGAGAGGCUUUGGAGUCCGGCCACGUUAGUGAAUCCUGACGCUGCUGCCGCAAGGUUCGAGGAGCAUCGCUGCAGAAUGCUCAGGCGAGGCCUCCACGCCGAGCCCCAAAAUGGCCCCGGUUUCUGCGAGUGCGAUCACCUUGUCUGACGUCAAGGCUGCUCCGCGGAGCGCUGGGCAUGUCCUUGGAAGAUUGCGAGACAACAUGAAGGAAAUGAGAUAUAUUAAACAAAUAUCUGUCCAUGAA